AUGGGUAUCCAUGGUAUUUACAAAGAGAUCGGCCCUGGAAAGCGCGUAGCCCUCUCUAAGCUCGCUGUCGAAAAGUUCGAAGAGACCGGCCGCCCACUGCGCAUUGCUAUUGACACCUCAAUAUGGCUUUUUCAGAUACAGGCUAGCAAAGGCGGCACAAACCCCGCUUUACGCACCUUCUACUAUCGCCUCCUUCGUCUCAUCUCCCUCGCGAUCCAUCCAGUCUUCGUCUUCGAUGGACCAAAUAAGCCACCCUUCAAGCGCAACAAGCGCACCGGUCCGAAUGUCGCCUCUAUCCCCGAGUUUCUUGCAAAGCAGCUUCUGAAGCAAUUUGGAUACCCUAUACAUCUUGCGCCGGGUGAAGCUGAGGCAGAAUGCGCCCUACUUCAGCGGGAGGGAAUAGUGGAUGCUGUUUUGAGUGAGGAUGUUGAUACCCUCAUGUUUGGAAGCGGCAUCACGAUACGCAACUGGUCGCCCGAAAAGUCUGGAAAGACACCAACCCACGUCAACGUAUACGAUGCGGUCGAAACGAAGAACGGACCGUCAGGGUUGGAUCGUGAGGGCAUGAUCUUGGUUGCGCUGAUGAGUGGAGGAGAUUAUGUCCCCGAGGGUAUACCUGGAUGCGGCCCCAAGACAGCAUGCGAGGCUGCGAAGGCAGGGUUCGGUGCAGAUCUGUGUAAGAUCCCGAAGAACGACUCCAGAGCCAUGGCCGAGUGGCGGGAGCGAUUGCAGCACGAGCUGAGGACGAAUGAGAGCAAACUCUUCAAGCGCAAGCAUGGCGCACUAAAGAUCCCAGAUGACUUCCCCCGAUUGGACAUCCUUGGAUACUAUACACAUCCGGCAAUUUCGAAUCAAGCUGGGUUGGAUAAACUGCGCCGAUCAAUCAACUGGGAUCAAGAGCUUGACUUUUCGGGAUUGCGUGAGUUCACACACGAUGCGUUCGACUGGGUCAAGCUUGAAGGCGCGAAACACUUCAUCCGCAGUCUGGCACCAUCGUUGGUUGUGCGCCAGCUACGUUUACGUGCUGCAAACCUCGAUCGACUGCCUACAGACAACAUUCAGGCUGUACAAGAGGACGAAGACCUUCUCAUCAAAGGGCUACACGGUAAACGACAGCAUCCAGUCACGGAUAACUGUACAGAGUUGCGGGUAAGCUUCACGCCUAUUGAGCUUGUAAAGAUCGACCUCAGCAACGAGGAUCCGGAUGAUGACAUAGACAUACUGCCACCCAGCUCUCAACAAGCUGGAGGAGAUGCAGAUCUCGACGAUGAUGAUUUGGAAGAUGAUGGUCCUAAGAAGCGUGGUCCUACAAAGUUCGACCCUGAGAAAGCCGCGCGGAUAUGGGUGAUGGAGACUUUCGUCAAGGUUGGCGUGCCGCUCAAGGUCCAAGAUUGGGAGGUUGAACGACAGACAAAGCAGAAGCCCAAGCGAGCAGCAACCGUACAGGAGCCUGGCAAGGCUGCACCGAAGGCUAAGGCUGCUCCCAGGCGGACGAAAACAGCUGGAGAUCAACCUCAGGCUCGCAUCGAAACGUUCGCCAAGGUGACCAAACCAGGCUCAAGGCCAUCACGAGCACUCGCAAAGACACAAGAAAAGACUGCUGAACUCCCAUUACCUACCCGGCAACCUGCAUCGCAACAAGACGAUGUGGUUGAUCUGCUUUCUUCAUCCCCUGUAGGAACUCGAGUCACGGUACCGCCACCACUGCCAGAACGCGAGAAGUCGCUGUCCUUUGUCCUUGCAGACCUACCUCCAAGUGUGAGCAAAAGAAGAAGACGUGCUCCAAUCCAACGCUCGAAGACACUUCCUGCUAAUACCAGCACCACGCUCGAUCGGCCUUCUACUCCUCCUCUUUUGAACACGAUAGAAACAUUGGACUUGGUGGACUCCCCCGCACAUCCCUCGCCCUCUCAGCUACCUGCGAAGAAAGCGAGAACACGGAACACGAAGGAUGUACUGGCUACAAGAGCGCCGCGGGGUAUGUCUGUGGCCUCGCAAUCAACACUGGAUGCAUGGCGAGCAUCGGUGACGCCGACUAAACGACGGGAUGUGACACCAGCACUCGAUGCAGUACCAAUUCCAGCUCCACCAAAGCUUCGAUCUUUAUCGGAAGAAAUCGACUCGUUGGAUUUGACCCUUUCUUCGCCGGACCGGUCAACACGACAUCAGCGAAGUACCAGCGCACGACAGGCCACGGCUGCAUCUACGAUGCGUCCACCAUUGACGUCGAUAUCGUCGAACGCGUCACAUGCCUUCAUUACAUCCUCCACGUCUAACAAGAAGAAGAGCAUCAAAGACGUCUUCGGCACAUCCCGACCUCGCCGUACGUCGCCCCGUCUCAGUAAGACCAUGUCAGCGCCUCCGGAAGUCGAUUCUCUUGAUCUCACACCACCACGCCUAGUUCCAGCGAUACCAAGACCAGACCCGCCAAAACACGAUACCCUGGAUCUCACAUCACCAGGACUCAUUUCGGCAAGGCCACGUUCACUCUCUCCAAAAGUGGAUACGCUCGACCUUACAGAACUUUCGUCACCUGUGAUUGAGCGCGCACCGGAAACGCAUGAAAGACCUGCAGCUCCUGUACCGAUAUCUCCCCCACCGACUCACUCGUCGCCUUCCUCUCUCCGCCGAUCACCGCGAGAUCACAAAUCCACCUCACCACAACCACCAUCUCGAGCAUCACCGCCCGCAGCAUGGAAGACGCGAGAGAAGAAAAAACGAGCAAUCGUCCUGCGGAAGAGCGUAGUCGGCGCCUGGGACUUUGUAGAUGUGGAUAGUCCGGAGAAGACGGGAGAUUGCGCAUCGGGGCUUGUGCUAAAAGGCAAGGAUAGGCGCAAAUGGAGAGAAAGCGCUGUCGAGGUUCUGGAUCUAACAUAG